AUGGUAAAUGAUUCCUGUCAGUGUGUCAACGGAUAUAUAGGGACCACAUGUGAACGUCUUAUGGAAGAUUGUACAGAAGGCUACGAAUACUACCCGGGGCAGAUGGGCACGUUUCUGAUACAGCCACCAUUGGCACCAGAACCCAUACCGACCGUGUGUAGGAUGGAGUAUGACCUUCGGACCUAUCUGCAGCUACGUCAUUACACAAGUGGUAUUCCGUUCGACAGGGACUGGACCUCCUACAGAGACUGUUUCGGGGAUAUCUAUGAAGAAAAUGACGGUACCAGGGACUUUUGGUGGGGGAAUCAGAAUGCCUACUACUUAACUAAUAGCAGGCAGUAUGAUCUUCUCAUACAAGCUGUUGGAUAUGGUUAUAGUGAUAUCGGAAACAUUGUUUACAAGAACUUUGUUGUACAAGACGAGCUAUAA